ACUGCAGGGGAGGAAGAAAUGCAUUUAAAGCAAAGAUAAAAAUGGCGUGCAGCAUAAUUACCUCAAAUUGCUAUUCGCUUGACACCCUGACACUAAUUCUGUUCAAGCCAUUGGGACAUACAAUAAGGCAAAUACACCUUCCUCGCCUGCUUGUGCAGCAUUCCCUCAGCAGUCGGAUUUUUGCCACUGCAGCUCAGCAGAGGGUGUCAGAUCUUUCAGAGUGCACCAGGUUGAAACGAGCAGAGCCUCUUAGCAACUCUCCCCCUGCGUUCCUGUGAGUGUGUGCGAGCUUAGCGUGCGGCUCGGCAGCAGCGGAAGAAAACGGAAAGAAGAGCGAGCGAGGGAGCGGGCGACGAGGGGAGGCAGCGCGGCCGGCAGGGCGAGGCGAGGCGCGGCGCGGUCGCUCGGUCGGUCUGUCGGUCCGUCGUUCUGUCGGGGAGCCCCGACCCCGACGCAGGCUCCCGCCGCCGCCAGCAUGGGCAGCGGCGCAGCGCAGCGGGGGCAAGGGGCGCCGCGCAGCGCCGGGGGCUCGGCGGCCAGCGCCUAGGCAGCGCCUUCAGCACCGGCAGCCCGGACAGCGCCCGGCGGGCGGCCCCGCGCCACAAGGUCAGCCCGGCGCCGAGCCCGAGCCCGAGCCGGAGCCGGAGCCGGAGCCGCGCACACGCGCAGCCUCCGCGCACACCGCGGCGCGCUCCGCCCGCUCCUCUCCGGCAUGCGGCGGCUGCCGGCGGCCGGCACCGUUCCCCUGACGGUGAGACAGCCCGGCCUUAGCUUUCCUUAGAUCUGCCCUUAGCUUCUUGCCCGGGAAGCGUCAGGGAGGGAGGGGGGUGGGGGGGAAUCGAGGAGGGGGAUUUUUUUUUUUUUUUCCUCCUUCUACUUUUUUUUUUUUUUUUUUUUUUUUUUCCGUGCCUUGCCGUACGUGCCUGGAUAGUUUGUGGAUAUAAUUAUUGACUGGAAUCCGGGCUGUUGUAAUUCUAUGUGUGUGUUGGGGAAGGGGGGGGGGAGAGAGGAGAAAAGAAAGAACCCCCCCCGCUCCUCCGCCGACCCUUCCUGCUCCCUCUCCCCGCAUUUUUUUCUCCCCCGUUGGUGGUGUUUCGGACAUUUCAUGUAUUGAAUGGACUGGAAUUGCUUUCCGUGUGAGGAGGAUGGUUGCUGUUACUUUGUGAUGAAAUCGGGAAUGAAUUGCUCGGUUUAAAAAUGCUGCUUUGGAUUCUGUUGCUGGAGACGUCUCUUUGUUUUGCUGCUGGAAACGUUACAGGGGACGUUUGCAAAGAGAAGAUCUGUGCCUGCAACGAGAUAGAAGGGGAUUUGCACGUAGACUGUGAGAAAAAGGGAUUUACCAGCCUGCAACAUUUCACCGCCCCAACUUCCCAGUUUUACCAUUUAUUUCUGCAUGGAAAUUCCCUGACUCGACUUUUCCCUAAUGAGUUUGCUAACUUUUACAAUGCAGUCAGUUUGCACAUGGAAAACAACGGUUUGCAUGAGAUUGUUCCUGGGGCUUUUCUUGGGCUGCAGCUGGUGAAACGCUUGCACAUAAACAACAACAAGAUCAAAUCGUUCAGGAAGCAGACUUUCCUGGGGCUGGACGAUCUGGAAUACCUCCAGGCAGAUUUUAAUCUAUUGCGGGAUAUUGACCCGGGAGCAUUUAGGGACUUAAACAAACUAGAGGUGCUGAUUUUAAAUGACAAUCUCAUCAGCACUUUGCCCCCCAACGUAUUUCAGUACGUGCCGAUCACCCACCUCGACCUUCGGGGAAACCGUCUUAAAACCUUGCCUUAUGAGGAAGUCCUGGAGCAGAUCCCAGGCAUUGCUGAAAUCCUGCUAGAGGAUAACCCCUGGGACUGUACUUGCGAUCUGCUGUCGUUGAAGGAAUGGCUGGAAAAUAUACCCAAAAACGCUUUGAUCGGCAGAGUGAUUUGUGAAGCUCCCACUAGGUUGCAGGGCAAAGAUUUAAAUGAGACCACAGAGCAAGAGCUGUGCAAAAAGAACAGAGUGGAUUCUAGUCUAGCUGCUCCCCCUGCCGAAGAAGAAACCUGCGAUCCUGGUCCCAUUCCAACCCCCUUUAAAAUACAUGGCAAGGAAGACCCUGCCACACCAGGAUCUGGUCCAAACGGAGGUACAAAGAUUCCUGUCAACUGGCAAAUCAAGACUAGACCCACUGCUGCUGUAUCGACAGUUAGCACAAAGAGCAAGUUACUGACUACCUUGUCCUGCCCUCAGAUCUGCAGCUGUGAUCAGAUCCCUGGUUCAGGUUUAAAGGUUAAUUGCAAUGACAGGAACGUGAGCAGCUUGGUGGAUUUGAAGCCUAAGCCAUCCAAUGUGCAGGAGCUGUUUCUGAGAGACAACAAAAUACACACCGUCAGGAAAACCCACUUUCUGGAUUACCGGAAACUUAAUUUACUCGAUUUGGGCAACAACAACAUAGCCACCGUUGAGAACAACACCUUCAAGAACCUCUUCGAUCUACGAUGGCUGUAUAUGGAUAGCAACUACUUAGACACCCUGUCCCGAGAGAAAUUCACUGGGCUGCAAAACCUGGAGUACCUGAAUGUGGAGUUUAAUGGGAUCCAGCUGAUCAUGCCUGGCACCUUCAAUGCAAUGCCCAAACUGAGAGUCCUCAUCCUCAACAACAACCUACUGAGGUCUCUCCCAGUCGACGUUUUCGCCGGGGUCUCGCUUUCCAAACUGAGCAUACACAACAAUUAUUUCAUGUACCUCCCUGUGGCGGGGGUGCUGGACCAGCUCACCUCCAUCACCCAGAUUGAUCUGCAUGGCAACCCAUGGGACUGUACUUGCCCUAUCGUGCCUUUCAAACAGUGGGCGGAGAUGUUGCGCCCCAAGGUGAUUAUGAGUGAUCUGAGGUGUGAAUCCCCAGAAGAUUUCUUCAAGGAGGAUUUUGAGUCUCUCUCCAAUGACGUGAUUUGCCCUCAGCUGAAAAUAUCACCCACACUAAUUUCUACCAACAAAAACAGCACCGGCUUUGCAGAGACAGGUACUCACUCCAACUCCUACUUGGAGACCAGCCGGGUCUCCAUUUCAGUGCUGGUGCCAGGGCUCCUGCUGGUUUUUGUGACCUCUGCUUUCACGGUGGUUGGCAUGCUGGUGUUCAUACUGAGGAACAGAAAGCGGUCCAAGAGGAGGGACGCCAACUCGUCUGCAUCUGAAAUCAACUCCUUGCAGACAGUCUGCGACUCAUCCUACUGGCACAAUGGGCCCUACAGCACCGACGGGGCCCACAGGGUUUACGACUGCGGCUCCCACUCCCUGUCGGACUGAGGCGGGGGCGGGGGCGGCCGCCACCCGGGGACCAGCCCUGCGCUGCUUGGGAGGCACACGCCAGCCAGGAACGGCUCUGCACCUCGGCUUCCUUCUGUGAGAAAUAAAACACACUCGCGCGCUCUCUCCCUUGUUCCGCACUGCAAGCGCUGUGCCCGGUGCUCGCUGGGGGGAGCCCGGCGCCGGGGCACAACUCCCCCAGCUUGGCGCAGCCCGCCGCGACGGGAGCAUCCCCCGCCCGUGCUCCGCCCGGGCUACAAUGGACGAGCGUGGACACCCUUCCUGCGACCCCGGCAGGGAAAACCACGGCUGUCGGUUUUAUUGGCCUUUUGUUCUGUUGUGCUGGGGUCGUUUUGCUUUUCUGCCCUCUUCCCUUUUGGACGCACCCCUCUCUGAAAGGCGAAGAGGAGGGGGGCGGAGGAAAGGCUGGUGUCAGCCUCCUCCUGACAGCAAAGCAGGAGUGGAAAGUUGCACGAAGGCAUGAAUGUAAUGUAAAUAAAUGACUCCGAAACAGACAAAUGAACAAAAAGUAAAAUAAUAAUAAUAAUUAAAAAAAAAAAAACAGACAAACAAACAAACAAACAAAAAAACAAGUGCUGCAUGGCUCGCAUGGAUACAACGCAACCCAGGGACGCUCCAGCCCCCGACUGGAAGCAGCGUCUAGUUCACACCAUCAUCCCUCUUACCUGAUAAGUCCCUUCGUAUCAAACCUUCUAUAUAAGAAAUACAGUAUAAUAAUAAAAGUGCCAUUUCGCCAUUUUUGUGUGAUCAAUAGGCAGUAGAAAUCGUACUUUUACUGUGGAAAAAUGUAAAGGUUUAUUUAAGACAUAGUUGCAUGAAUAUUCUCAUCUGGUUAUUUUUUAUUUAUUUUUUUCCGUUGAGGAGGGGAUGGCUUUAUUGGGAGAUAUCUGUUUUCUUGAUGGUGGGCUUGAUUUCUUUUUUGGGGGGGGGAGGGGGGGGAGGCUUUGAUUUUGUUUUCUCUCUCUUUAUCAAUAUACAUAUUCAGUAUUGCCUUUCCAUCUGAAUGUAAAAAUUAGUACCCUUGAUUUAUAUUAUGGUAACAGUGUAAACAUUCAAAACAAAACAAACAAACAAAAAAAUCCAAGGCAGUUAAGCAUGACCAAUUAAUGUCACUCUAGAGCUUAGGCUGCAAAGUUUAAUGGUAGAAAAUUAUGUGCUGUUGUAAAUCUUACUAUAACUUGAGGAAAUCAGAACUGAGGAAGCAAGUGAAACUUACUAAUUCUACUUGAGGAUUUUAUAAUGGCAUAUUUUUUCAGUAUUAAAGUGAAAAUGUUUUCAA